AUGGCAAAGAAAAUGGCAUGUAUUGCAGCUCAAUUGUUGCUAGAGGGAUUACCUGAAGCCAUGGUACUUGAGGUUCUGUUAUGGCUGCCAUUGAAGCCUCUAUACCAAUGCAAGUGCGUCUCCAAGGCCUGGUGCUCGACCAUCUCUGACCCCGAAUUCAUGAAACUGCAUCACGUUCGCAACUUGGGCAUUGUCAUCUCCACUGUGUCUUUGGGAUCUUUGUGGUCGCGCUUGUUACAAGCAAGGCUCUGUCUUGAGGAGAAGUCCAUUGGAUGGGAAGGUGAAUCUCCUUUUAUCGAGCGGAUUGAUUAUGAAUGUGGAGAAGAUAAACCAAUUAAAUUCACACAAGUCAUUAAUGGCCUGUUAUGUUUCUGUACCCCAUCUCUUGGCCUUUCUAUCUGCAACUUGUACACUGGUGAAACAAUUGAGCUCCCACUCCCUCAGUUUUACUGCAAUAAUGGAUCAACUCGUUUCCAUUUUGGCUUUGAUCCCAUCAGUGGCUCGUACAAGCUGCUCAGCCUUAGUUACUGCAAUAACAGGUUACCUCUUGUUAUAGCAGAGAUUCUUACCAUAGGAGCGGACAUGACAAAUAGCUCGUGGAAUCGGGUGAGGAGUAUUCAAGUAAAUCUAGAGUUAUUGCCCCCGCAAAGUGUUUGUAUUGAUGGAAUUCUGUGUUGGUAUGUGUAUACACGCUUCCUAGGGAAAGAAAUGGAAGUUUCUAUAUCUGCAUUCUACCUGAAUGAGAUUAAGUUUGGUAACAUCUUCCUUCCAGCAGAUUUUGCAGCUACUCGCUUAAUAACUGUUGAACCAGUCAGAUUGAUGCAAUUCAACGGAUGUUUGGCUGUGGGAUGUCUGGAUUCGGCCACUACCAAACCAUGGAAACUGAGGGAGUUGAAACUAUGGGAACUUAAAGAUGUACAAUGCAGUAGGUGGAUCAACCAUUCCAUGACCUUACCUGAAGAACUGGUAAGAUGUAAUAGGGAAAGCUGGUGUAGUUUUGGUAACCUUCCAACAGGUGAGAUACUGCUGGCUAAUCCUAAAGCUAAUAAUUCUUAUAUCCCUAUUUAUUCUUAUGAUCAAUCUGUUGGAAAGUUUCAGAGAUUUGUUAUUGGCAAGUCUCCUGGUAUGGUUUCUCCUGAAUGUUUUCAAAUAUCUUGUCUUGAAGUAUACAACAAUGACUCUCUUGAAGCUUUACUAUGCAAACCUCCAACUGAUGUUAUACAUCGUUUCAAACGCCGCCUGUUAACCCAUGUUAUUGUUAUGGACUCAAGUAUGGACCCUGCUAUGAGCUCUGAUGACUAA